AUGAAGUUGUCAGCAACAUUCCACUCCGACUCGAAUCACACCAACCACGAAUUGAGGAGCCAUAAUGAUGCCAUGAAAAAGCAUCCCGAUUUUCAUAACAACAAGAUUUCCACAACACCUUUGACAUGGAUUGUUGGUGAUGACGGAGAAGUUGUUCCCAUGGUCUGUCCUCAUCAUGAUGACAACAAUAAGAACAACAACCAUCAUCAAGAGGAUGCUCCACUUGUUGACAUGGCACUCGUCUCACCUUCAGAAGAAACAGAACCUUCCAUUCACAAACAAGACCAUUCUUCUCCUCCUCGAAUUUCCAUUCACCAUCAUCCUCCUCAUUGCAACAACAACAAGUAUGAUAAUGAUGAAACGAUUGAUAACAACAACAACAACAUUCCAAACACCUCUCGUUUUUUAGCGUCUUCUUCUCCACUCUCUCCACUCGUCAUGAUGACAGGAGACACCAAUCGAUCACCAACAACAACAACACUCACCACAUCAACACCAACUUCUCCAAUGAUGAUGAUGGAUUCACAUCAUGUUGUUUCUCACACAACACCACCACCACCAACAACAACACCAGUACAUGCCUCCAUGAUGGAUCCAUUACUCAUGAUGGGAAUUCAGUCUCGAAGGUCCUACCAUGCAACAGCCCUGUUGGAACAUUUAACCAACCACUCAACAACCAUCGCUCGACAUCGAUCCAAUUCGGGAGGAACUUUGAAUGGCAGCUUUUCUAGAAAUUCAAUGAUGAAUGGUCGUUAUGGUGGUCAUGAAGAUGAUGAGGAUUCAUUUCAUUUGGAAAUGAUGAGGAGAAGACAAAAAAAAGAAACUCUUUUGACAACAGACAAGGAAAAAAACAUUCCAAAUUUGAGUGCACAGUCAUGGCCACCGUUGAAGAAAUCGAAUGGGAACAAUGUUUUAUCAAUGGGAAGAUGGAAAAGAUUUUGGAAUGCUUUUUGGAGUUUUUUAAUUGCCUUGUUUUACUUUAUCAUUCAUUUUCGAUCGAGAAUGAAAAUUUAUGGACCUUUGAUGUGGAAUUUCAUUGUAAAUGUGACAAAACGAAUUUGGAUGAAUUUUAAAAAUUUUGGAAUUGCAUUUCUCAAGAUUGUGAUUGGAAUGGUGAUCUUUACAGUGAAAAAACCUAAAACAGUUUUAAAAUAUGCAACAUUUGUGAGUCUGAUUUAUGUGACAUUUGUUGUGACACGAAAUUUAUGUGAGCGAGCGAAAGAGGAAAUCUCUCGAGUCGACACAGGAUUGUCAUUUAUUCCCUCUCCACACUUGCCACAUAUUUUUUUAAUUUGGGAAGGCAACUCUGUGACAUUGAACCAAUUUAGAGCAAUUGAAACCAUUUUACAUACCAACCCAAAUGCAGAGGUAUUGAUAUUUUCCAAUGAGUUGGAUCUUGAUACUUUUAAAAUAUAUACAACACUUCCUUCAUCAAAAAAUCAACAAGCAACAACAUCAAAACUUUCAGAAAACGACGAAAAAUCGACACACCUCAAGCAAAAACAUCUAAAAAAUUCUUCUCAAAAACGAUCCAUUCAAGUGAAUCCUCCAAUGACUCACAAAAAGAAUCGCAAAUUAACUUCUUCUGUUGUGAACUCUCAAAAAUCAACCAACUCCUUCCUCAAACAAAUGUUAAAAGAAAAGAAACGCUACAACAUUCGAGUGGUGAGAUUUAAUUUACAAGAAAUGACUCAAGGUUCACAAUUAGGACAUGUCUUUGCAAAUACUUUGAGAAAUUUUAAUCCUCGCAUUCAUCCCUUCCAAUCUCUCUCUAACUUUUUAAGAUUAUUUCUUCUCUAUCAUUAUGGAGGACUUUACAUUGAAAAUGGACAUUAUUUAAUGAGAUCUAUGCAUUCUUUACAUAAUAAUACGAUUGGAGUGACUCUUCAACCUUCUACUACUGCAACUUCGAUUAUUUCAUCAUCCACUUUUUCAUGUAACUAUCAUUCCACAUUUUCUAUUGGAAAAUUACAAAAUGUUUCAUGUAUGUCCAAUCAAUUCAUGUACUUUGAAAAAGGUCAUCCAUUUCUAAAGCAUGCAUUGCAAAAUUUGGAUCGAUCUCAUGCAUCCAUUGAAAGUGGACAAUAUGUGGCAGGUCCUCCUGGAUUAUUUCCUCUCAUUCAAUUCUAUUUUCGAAAAUUAUUCUUUGUGGAUACUCGAAAAUUGCAUUGUCACCGAUAUGAUCCUUCUACUUUUUCUGUCACCAAUGUUUCUCCAAUGAGUGAACAAUUAUUUGAUGCCGCUCAACUUUGUUAUUCGAUUGAUGUCAAUUCUGAAAUGAUGAAAACAAAAAGUAAUGAAGAAUUUGAUAGGGAAUGGCGUUCACAUAGUUUUUUAGAACGAGCCUAUACACACACCUUAUUUAUGAGAGGAAUAAUGGGAGAAUCGUUUGAUGAAAUUGCAAGAUUGGGAGAGGAUAGUGGUUUGAUUGAAAUGUUGAAGACUCUAGAAAAAGGAGAUGAAUUGUUGAACUUUAUUAAUGGAGGGCAUAAUCUCGACCAUUAA